AUGGUUAGCACCAAAAUCAUUUUCACCGCCUUUUCGGCACUUGUUAUGUCUGUCAGUGCAUAUCCCAUUGUUUCCUUCGAAGGUCACCUGGCAGCCAGAAAUGCAAAUCCAGACAAUAUUUUUAAGGACAUAGCAGAUGCUUUCAAGAAACAUGAACCUGACCAUGAGUCUGGUAUUGAUAAAGUUAUUGACGAUAUUAAGGAUCAUUUUGUUGCAAGAAGUGCAAUUCCUGAUAAUAUUUUUAAGGACAUAGCAGAUGCUUUCAAGAAACAUGAACCUGACCAUGAGUCUGGUAUUGAUAAAGUUAUUGACGAUAUUAAGGAUCAUUUUGUUGCAAGAAGUGCAAUUUCUGAUAAUAUUUUUAAGGACAUAGCAGAUGCUUUCAAGAAACAUGAACCUGACCAUGAGUCUGGUAUUGAUAAAGUUAUUGACGAUAUUAAGGAUCAUUUUACUGCAAGAAGUGCAGUUGCAGCUGAGGAUAUUUUCAAGGACAUAUCCGAUGCAUUCAAGAAGAUUGCUCACGAUGUUGAUAUUAAAAAGACUGAUUAA